AAAAGCGCAUGCGUAUUGGUAAAGUAAAACUGUAAGGAGACGUAUAGAGGAACAUCUGGAGACUGAUUUCCACCAUCAUGGAGAACAUAUCAAACCCCAUCAAGACAAACCAACAAUGCAACUUCAGCAUGUACUUUUAUUACUACAAUUCUCCAAAUCGGACUGAUUUAAACUGUACUCCGCCGGAGGACUAUUUCUUUUACGCAGAUCUGUACGUAGUUCUGCCAGUCAUUUACUCAGUCAUAUGUGCAGUGGGUUUAACUGGCAAUACAGCUGUUAUAUAUGUCAUAUUAAAAGCACCCAAAAUGAAGACUGUAACCAAUAUGUUUAUUUUAAACUUGGCAAUUGCAGAUGAUCUGUUUACAUUAGUUUUGCCCAUCAACAUCGCCGAGCAUCUAUUGCACUACUGGCCUUUUGGCGAAGUGCUUUGCAAAAUCAUACUCAGUAUUGAUCAUUACAACAUCUUCUCCAGCAUCUACUUUCUCACUGUUAUGAGCGUUGAUCGAUAUCUGGUGGUCCUGGCCACGGUGCGCUCCAAGCGCAUGCCCUACCGCACAUACCGCGCCGCUAAAAUAGUCAGCCUGUGCGUCUGGCUGCUGGUCAUUUUAAUCGUGGUACCAUUCACCGUGUUCGGCGGAGUUUACAUCAGCCCAGACGACACCGACAGAAAAAGCUGUGUCCUGAGCUUCCCAAGCCCUGAAGGUUUAUGGUUCAAAGCCAGUCGGAUAUAUACCCUCAUCCUUGGCUUUGCCAUCCCGGUCUCCACCAUCUGCAUCCUUUACACCAUGAUGCUGUACAAACUGCGCAACAUGAGACUCAACUCCAACGCCAAGGCAUUGGACAAAGCCAAGAAGAAAGUGACCAUCAUGGUGUUUAUCGUGCUGGCUGUGUGUUUGUUCUGCUGGACACCUUUCCAUCUCAGCACCAUCGUGGCUUUAACCACGGAUCUGGGCACGACACCGCUUGUUAUUGGCAUCUCGUACUUCAUUACCAGUUUGAGUUACGCAAACUCCUGCUUGAACCCUUUUCUUUACGCAUUUCUGGAUGACAGCUUCAGGAAAGCGUUCAGAAAGAUGCUUGAAUGUAGGGCUGCCUGAACUUGAAAUAUCUGUGGCAAAGCAAUUGUACAGCUGGGAUCAAGCAGCUUUUACGCACUACUGUGGACUACAGUGGACAGAGACCUGGCUUUAAUCUAACGUGAGCAUUUGUCUCCCUCUUCUGCUGAUUCUGCGCACAUCUCUAAAUAUUUCCAUCAUUGCAAACAACACUGUUAUUGAGCUGUAGGUUUUGAAAUGAUUGAAUUGUCGACAUA